AUGAGCGUCAUCGACAUUCUUUUCAGGGUCGACGAAAUCUGCAAGAAAUACGACAAGUAUGAUGUCGAAAAGCAGCGCUCUGCCGGCCACGACGAUGCCUUCGCUCGUCUCUACUCGGCGUUCGAAUCCCAAAUCGACGCGGCCAUCCAGAGAGCAGAGACCGCGGCGACGGAAACGAAUAGGGCAAAGGUGGUGGCGAUGAAUGCGGAGGUCCGGCGGUUGAAAGCCCGGCUCAUGGAAGAGGUGCCUAAGCUGCAGAAGCUUGCAAACAAGAGGGUAAAAGGGCUCUCAAAAGAAGAACUCGAAGCUCGUUCCGAACUUGUUCUCACACUCCCAGAAAGAAUUAAAGCAAUACCCGACGAAGUGAAUGCUACAAACAAACACACACAAGGCUGGGGAGCUUCUUCGUCUCGUAACAACAUAAAGUUCGACUAUGAUCCCGAGCGCUUGGACAACGAUUUCUUCCAACAAUCAGAUGAAUCGGCGCAAUUUAGAAGUGAAUAUGAGAUGCGGAAAAUGAAGCAGGAUGAAGGUCUCGACGUAAUUUCCGAGGGCCUCGAUACAUUAAAGAACUUGGCAAGGGACAUGAAUGAGGAACUCGAUAGGCAAGUUCCAUUAAUGGAUGAGAUGGAUACCAAGAUGGACAAGGCAUCGAGUGAUCUAAGGCGUAACAAUGUUCGACUCAAGGAAACACUCCAUAACGUGAGGUCUAGCCGGAACUUCUGCAUCGACAUUAUUCUAAUGUGUAUUCUUUUGGGAAUCGCAUCUUAUUUAUACAAUGUACUUAGCUGAACUCAUGCGCGCGGGACAGCUGAGAAGAUUCUGCAAUAAUAACAUUUCAUCGAUAUUGAUACUAUGCUACAUAACCUUAAACCGUAAAUUCCCAAACCCUAACACCUUGUAUUCAAGAACUUGUUGC